UACUUACACAUGUUAGUUGAAUUGACCUUGUUUUAAAAUCGAAACCAUGCGACGAUCAGUCAACUGCGAAACUAUAACACAUUGUUUUUAUUCAUUAUUUAUGUUGAUAAUAGUAGUCAUAAUUUUGAGCAAUCCAAUGAAUUGACUACAUUGAUGGGCCCCAUUUAAAUCGCUCUACUUAAUUUAUUCUGAGGAGAUGAAGGGUGAGAAGUGAUCAUUACUUGAGGCACGCCGCUAUCAGUAAAGACAAACAAAAUCGUUUAAAAUCAAAACUCUGCAAAAAUGAAUUCAAAUUAUUCCACAAUGAUUAGUUUGUUGGCUGGUGGGGCUGCUGGAACAUCUGUAGAUGUUCUACUUUUCCCUCUUGACACCAUGCGGACUCGUUUGCAAAGCCACCGUGGAUUUCAGGCAUCAGGUGGUUUCCGAGGAAUUUACGCUGGGCUUGGCUCUGCUGUUAUUGGAUCUGCUCCCCAAGCAUCUUUGUUUUUUCUCACAUAUGAAUUCACUAAAACGGUCAUCUCAACCACAUUUGAGCCAAAGAUAGCAUCAAUAAGUUAUAUGAUAGCUGCAUCUGCUGGAGAAGUGAUGGCUUGUUUGAUCCGAGUACCUGUUGAGGUAGUCAAACAGAGAACUCAGACCUCAUCAAACAUGUCUUCUCUGAAGAUUUUCCAGCAAACCUUACAGGCAGAAGGUGUCAGAGGACUUUAUCGAGGUUAUGGAAGCACUGUUGCCAGAGAAAUACCAUUCUCUUUCAUCCAAUUUCCACUUUGGGAAUUUUUUAAGAAAUUUUGGAGUGAGAAACAACAAGAGCCUGUGAAACCUUGGCAAUCCUCAAUUUGUGGUGCUAUGGCUGGAGGAAUUGCUGCAGGGACAACCACUCCAUUAGAUGUAGCUAAAACAAGGAUCAUGUUGGCAAAGAAAGACUCAUCUCUUGCUUCUGGGAGGAUUUUCGCUGCUUUGAAACUCAUUUACCGUGAAAAGGGAGUUUUUGGCCUUUAUUCUGGAAUUAUGCCCCGUGUCAUGUGGAUUUCUGCUGGCGGUGCUAUUUUUCUGGGAAUUUAUGAUGAAGUUAAGCAUCUACUAUCAUUGGUUUUACAUUAAAAUCAAUGAGAAAUAUUGUUGAAUUAAUAUUUUUAAAAGAAGAGAACAGGUUUUAUAUUUUUUUUAUUUCUUUAUUUUUUAAAAUUUUGUAAACGAAAUAAAGAAAAUUUUGAUUUUUUUUUAAA